AUUUCUAAAAAUAAUAUGGGAAGAACAAAUGGAAGGAAUGAAAAGUUAGAGGAAGGAACAAGAAUUUGUUUGGUGUCAGACUUCGUUUGAAGAUAAGAUGAUACUUUCACACAUGAGGCUCCGGAAACGGAAUGGGUGAUCGGAGAAGCGACGACUACGGUGGCGACAGCAGCAGCGGAGAGGAAGACGGCGACGCCCAAUGGAGAGCCGCCAUCGAUUCUGUUGCUGUCUCGUCCGUGUUUAUCUCGUCCUUAACUAAUGGUAUUCCUGCUACUUCGACAACCACAACUUCAAACUCGGAUGAUGAUUUUGAGCUUAAUCUCGGUGCUCAGCCGCCUAAGCAAUAUCAAAUCAAGGCACAGAAGCUAUUGGAUAAUAUUUUGGAAACUACUCUAGAGGUGGUGGGACAUUCCAAUGCUGUUCCUUGUGAUGAAGAUUCCAAAUCCAGUGAAGGUGGAAUUCGUUUGUUUAAAAAUGCUCCAGUGGGGGUUGUGUUUGAUCAUGUGGAUGAGCUUAAACGCCCCACAAAGAGACCUAACAUUCUUCCAGGGAAAGAAAUCAACGAGAAAUCGAAGAAGUUCAAGCAGCAGCUCCAUUCCGUGGCCGUUGAAGGAGAAGACAUAAUAACUGCUGCGAAACGUGCCUGUGAGAAGUCAAUUGCUAGGCUUGAAGCUAAAGAAGCAGCAAUGAAAGCAGCUGCAAAAAGAGAGGAAGCAAGGGUAGCAGAACUGAAAAAGGUAAGAGGAGAGAAAUGGUUACCAUCAAUUGCUAGGGAAAUGAAGUUUCAAUUUCAACAUUGAUGUGUUUGGGGUUUAGAUAUCAUUUCCACAAAAAAAAAAAAAAGAAAAAAAAAAAGAAAAGAAAAACAAAAACCAAAUCAUAAUGUUUAUCGUGGAGAAUGAAGAUUGUUGUUUUCUUGCCUAUAUUAUUAUUUGUUAUUUAACAUUUUUCUGGGCUGGAGAAGAAAUUUGGUUUAUUUGGGUUUUUUUU